AUGUUCCAUAUAAUCAUAUGUAUGCUGUUUGCAAUACCUUCUUCUGUUAUCUCAACUAAUGAGCUUCAUGAUCUUUGCAGUCAACCGUUUAGCUGCGGCAAUCAAAGCGGUCUCUUGUACCCUUUUUGGAUACCUGGCCGAGAAGACUGUGGCCACCCUGAGUUCAAAGUCGACUGUAGCCAUGGAUUCGCAGAGAUUAGUAUCUCCGCUGUGAAUUUCAGAAUCUUGGAGGCGAACUAUGACUCUGGUAAGAUAAGACUGGCGAGAUCAGAUUAUAUUGGCGAUCUUUGUCCCACAGAUCCUUCGCAUAUGCCAUUCGCCCAAAACGUCCUUCAACCUGUUCCUACCACCGAGAUGCUAAGAAUUUAUUACGACUGCCGCCAAAACUUCUCAAAGUAUGUUCCUGAUUAUUUUGGAGCGCUUCCUUGUCGUGGUGAUAAUGACAAUGGUAAUAACAAAAGAAAUUAUUAUGUGACGAGAAACCUCUCGUACCCUCUUCUUCAAGAGAUUAAACCCGUUUUAGCCAACCUCAGCAUAUCUUGCGAUAAAAACGUCAGUAUUCCUGCAUCUGGGCCCACGCUGAACACGCUACAGUUGAAUUCAAGUAUAGAUAAUCUACAGAAGGCACUUGAAGAAGGUUUCGAGCUUGGAUUUAACCAAGAUUGUUGGACGUGCAAAAACUCUACGGGUGUUUGUGGAUAUAAUCGGAGCUCAAGUGGAUUCACCUGCUAUUACUGGGAGAAGCCCAAUAACCGUACUAGAAACAACAGUAACCGUCUUCCCACUGGAAAUAUAGUAGGAACCGGGAUUGCUUCUGUAUUAGUGCUUUUAUUAUUGAUAGCCGGAUGCAGGCUCUGUCUAAUCAGACCGCGGAAGAUACAAGCAGCACAACACACAAUUAGAGGCUUGCCUAUAACGUCUUAUUCAAGCAAACAAGCACCAAGCCAUCAAACUUUCAAAACAAUCUCAAGCAGUAGAAAUCACUCUCUUAUGCCCUCAAUGUCUUACAUCACAAACGCAAGCGCCUACUUCGGAGUUCAAGUCUUCAGCUACGAAGAACUCGAGGAAGCCACUGAUAAUUUCUCUAAAGAGCUUGGCGAGGGCGGCUUCGGUACUGUCUACUACGGCGUGUUGAAAGAUGGACGAGCUGUAGCAGUCAAACGACUAUAUGAAAAAUCUCUUAAACACGUUGAACAGUUCAAAAACGAGAUCGACAUAUUGAAAACUCUGAAGCAUCCAAAUCUCGUGAUACUCUACGGAUGCACAUCGAGACAUAGCAGCGAGCUUUUGCUCGUCUACGAGUAUAUCUCAAAUGGAACUCUUGCCGAUCAUCUUCACGGUGAUCGUGCUGAAACUCGUCCUCUUUGUUGGCCAAUUCGUCUAAACAUUGCGAUCGAAACAUCAAGUGCUUUAUCCUUUCUCCACAAAUCAGGGAUUAUACAUAGGGACGUGAAGACAACAAACAUUCUUCUAGACGAGAACUCCACAGUGAAAGUAGCUGAUUUCGGACUCUCACGGUUGUUUUCCACAGACAAAACUCACGUCUCCACGGCACCGCAAGGCACGCCAGGAUAUGUAGAUCCUGUGUAUUACCAAUGUUACAGUCUAAACGAGAAGAGUGAUGUGUACAGCUUUGGAGUUGUACUCACCGAGCUCCUCUCUUCUAAAGAAGCUGUUGAUAUCGCAAGACAUCACCACGAUAUCAACUUAGCAAGCAUGGCCGUUUCCAAGAUCAAGAACAAUGCGGUGCACGAACUUGUCGAUCCAAGUCUUGGAUUCGCCAAGGAUCCAGAAGUGAAGAGGGAGAUGAUUUCGGUGGCUGAGCUUGCGUUCCGAUGUUUGGAACAGGAAAGGGAAAGUAGGCCGUCGAUGGAUGAGAUUGUGGAGAUUUUGAAAGGGAUCAAGGGGGAGAAGGGCACGAAGUUACCAGAUGUGGUGGAUAUUAAGGUAAGCAGAAGAGGUGACGUUGGAAUAUUGAGGAAUAGUGAUCCUCCUCCAGUUUCGCCUGCUGCGAGUUCAUUUUGAGAGACUGUAUAAUCAGGUCUCGUCACUGGUGUGUAAUAAAGUCAGUGAGUUGAUUACUCUCUAGGUUACAUUUUAGUUUUGAGUGUAUGUGUGAUAAUUUCUUGUGGGGUCAACAGUUUUUU